AUGUCUUUGCUCUCAGCUGGGUCUCCUAAGCUUAACUGCAACCAAUCUGGCGAGCCUCUUAACAGUAAGCCGAGUGCCAUGACACAUGCAGUAUAUACUGGACGUGAAGCGCCAAGUUCAAAGCACAUAGAUACGUCGAAUGAUCCCUCGGACCCUGUAAUAUCGUCCAAAGUUGGAAGUUAUCAAGCUCCGGUUGGUGACAAUAAUGAUAUCCCAUCCAAUAAGAAGCAGAAGUUGGAUCAUUCAAAUAUUGACGCUUUAACUGGACAUUCUGAAAUGGAGAAGCUUCUCGCAAAGCUCUCUCCCAAGCCCCAAUCAUCCGACAGCAAGCUUCACGCAGAUCAAGCUGUUGCCCUAAGAUUAUCCGACCAGCAAGACUUGCUCAUUAAACAAAACCGCAUUCCUGUCAAUGGUAGGAUGCUCCUAAGUGAUGAUGGAGGGUUGGACACAACUUCAGGCAUACUGCCUGCUAGAGACUCGCACCAGCUCCCUUGUCUGACAGAUGUCGACAAGACAGAUAUUGCAACGGUCGAUAUGUGUGAAGUGCAACGAUUGAAACAAGAACUGCUAGCUGCUAAUUCUAAAAUUGCCCUACAAGAGCAGGAGCUUGCACAAACGCGUGUGAUUAAACAUACGCUAGAUCAAGCACUUGGCCCACCCUCCGAGACCGAUUUCAAUGGACGUGAAAUCACGGAACAAACCAUAAGCAGUUUACAAAGUGUCCUCAAUGAAUCCAACCUAGCUCUCAAUCAGUUUCAGGAUGGAUGGAAUACUCAAGAUGAUUCCCACUCCGAUAUGUCUGAUGCACUCUCUGCUGGAGCGUAUAACAGGGCUCGGGGCUUCUGGAUCCCCCCAACGCAACAACUAAGUGGCUCAAGCAUGAAUGCUCCAGCCUCUGAAAGACCUUAUUGCGAGCCAUUAUCUUUACCCAGCAGUAAUUCGUUUAUCGACGAUUCAAACAGGUUCUGGGGCAACACGGGCGCGAAUUCCACCAUACCUGGUCAUGAUGUCUUCCGAUCCCAUCGAGUAUUUUCAGGCCCUUCCCAAGGUACUUAUGCUAUUGACACAGGGCUGUCUGAAGAACAGGCUCGGUAUUUCCAAGGACCGGGGGUUGGGCCACGUCGUUCGGUUACCCAGAUGAGCCGUAAUGGAUCAUGUCUUUCAGCACAGAGCUUAGCUUGGGGCCCGCUUACCGCUGGGUCUACGGACUCCCAUGGCUCGAGAUCCCCUGCAAACAGAUCAAAUAGUACAUACCAGCAGGUUGGCUUGUAUCCCAUUCCUCCAUACCACCAACGGCCGAUUGGAACACCUCUUUCGCCCACGGCAACUGAGUUUACCGUCUCCAAUGCCAAUGCAGUGCCGUGGCAAACAUCUUCGGCCGGGGGGAAUUCCAACCACACUUACAUUUCGCCUCUAGAGCCGAUAAACUAUCGCCGACUCCUCGACAGAAAUGUUUCCUGUGAUUGGAAAUAUAUAGUUGACAAAAUCGUUUGCAACAAUGACCAACAGGCUUCAAUAUUUUUGCAACAGAAGCUUAAAGUCGGAACACCUGAACAGAAAUUCGACAUCAUAGAGGCUAUAUCACAUCAAGCCUAUCCCCUGAUGGUUAAUCGUUUUGGCAAUUUCCUUGUGCAACGCUGCUUUGAGCAUGGAACUCCUGAGCAGGUGAUUUCGAUCGCCAAUGCUAUCAAGGGCAAUACUCUGAGUCUUAGUAUGGAUCCAUUUGGCUGCCAUGUCAUACAAAAAGCCUUUGACUGUGUUCCCGAAGAACAUAAGGCAAUUAUGGUCCAUGAGCUCCUUCGAAGGAUCCCGGAAACUGUCAUCCACCGGUAUGCAUGCCAUGUCUGGCAGAAACUUUUCGAGUUACGUUGGAGUGGGGAGCCACCGCAAAUAAUGGCAAAAGUGAACGAAGCACUGCGCGGAAUGUGGCAUGAAGUUGCCUUGGGCGAAACGGGAAGCUUGGUUGUUCAAAAUAUCUUCGAGAAUUGCGUUGAGGAUGAGAAGCGACCGGCGAUUGAAGAAGUGUUAGCCAAGAUUGACGUGCUCGCACACGGGCAGUUUGGAAACUGGUGUAUCCAGCAUAUCUGCGAGCACGGUGCCCCCCAGGACAAAAGUCGUGCCAUUGAACACAUAAUUGUCUGGUCAGUUGAUUAUAGUAUGGACCAGUUUGCCUCAAAAAUUGUAGAGAAGUGUUUGAAGAUAGGAGGAUCGGAGUUCUUGGAUCGAUACCUUGCGCGAGUCUGCACAGGCCGAACUGAUCGACCGAGGAUGCCUUUGAUUGAUGUUGCUGGUGAUCAGUAUGGUAACUACCUCAUCCAGUGGAUCCUGAUGAAUGCUGCACCUCACCAACGUGAGCUGGUUGCCAGCCAUAUUCGCAAACACAUGGUUUCUUUAAGAGGCUCCAAAUUUGGCUCACGUGUGGCUAUGCUUUGCUGCAACCCCUCUCACGCAACUCGCCCAGGACCAGGUGCUGGGAUGCCAGUCAGCCGCUUUAAUAGCUUCAACGACGACAGGUUUCAGAUACCCGGACAAAACGGAGGGCGUUUCAGCCGCGGGAACCAGUGGAAUCCCAGCUACCCACCAUUUCGUUGAAGAUUUAGAUGGAAGACCCUGCGUCCGUCGCUGUCUUUGCUAUUGACAGGAAUUAUCAGACCCACUCAUAUGGUAGGCGUUGUGAACUUUACUUGCAGCAUAUGAAAGCCUUGAGACAAAUUUUGACAUCAUGCCAGUCUCCCUUCUGUGUAAUAUCAUGAGCACAAUGCAC